CGAGUAGCAAGGAGAGAGCACCACUCUGCCUCCGCGUGGUGUGAGCCUCACAACUCGGCGGCGACAAAGACGGCAAGACGACGACAUCAAAGCUAGAGGCUCGCAACUAUCAUCUGGCUCUGCCUCGGCCGCACCUUCUUUGCCUCAUCACCAUCGUCAUCAUCAUCUCUAUCAUCAGCGGCAGGCAACAGCAUCGUGCACUACUUUGCACCACAUCACUGAGCUGGAUUGCUUGCUGAUCGAGCAUUCAUAUGUCCAGGGCUACAACGAGCGGUUUCGCAGACGCAAGGCCCGUCACAUCUCGAUCGUCAUCCAAUCUCUCGUCGUCGGCAAACAGCCCGCCAGCCGGUAUCGCUGCUGGCUUCUUUGAGCGGCAUAACCCUUUUACCAGCAGAGGCAACCAUCGCCCACACACCUCGACGGCGGGAAGCAACACUGCUGCUGGCCUUGACGAGCAGCAACCCUCCUCUCCUCGUCGGCGGACCACUCUUAGACCUGGUCUCGGUCUCGGGCGCUUUUCAUCCUCUUCAAGCCAGCUGCCCCUUGAUACCAACGCUAGCAACCGGCCACACUUUCCCUCAUCACCUGGCGCAGCGGCGGGAUCAUCGACCGAGGAGCUCGUCAGCCCCAUCGAGCCCACCAUGCAUUCGAUGACGAGGACACACAGCGGCACCGGCAAUGGCAACAGUAACGGUGCGGGCGGAGCAAGAGAUCGAGAAGGAGGCAGCGCAUUUGGACGUAUGUUUCGUCGAUACAGCCAGGGCCAGCACGGCGUACCAAGAUCGUCGUCCAAUGCCGCUCUGGACUCGCAGUCGGCUGUGAGAGCGUCUGCAGUCACCUCGCAGUUGCCCUCGUCGAGUGUACCAAACAAUGUUCGCUCUACUGCGUCAUCGUCGUCUCGCGACAUCUCGACCGCAAGUGGAGCGCUACCCAGCCAGCCUGCUGAGACGAACGCUAUCGAUGGUCUACCGGGCGCCAUCGCAGCGCAAGGACUUCCGGCGCUCGAUGUUACCUCAUCAUCGUCAGCAGCAGCCGCGCCCUCAUCAAAUGGUACCAACCCGUCACCGCAGGCUGGUGUCCACCGCAUCAGACUCGUGCCACACCUCGAGGCCACUCGAUCUUUGCACUUCGAGCCCAUCGAGCGGGACCUGCGCGAAGGUAUACCAGCCGUCAAGAUCGGUCGCUUCACGGAUCGUACUCCUGCUCCGGCGCCUGGCGAAGAUGUCCAUGCAACAAUGAAUGCGGCCGCAGCAACAUCGACUCAGCCCUUCGGCUCUGGUCCCGGCAACAGAGGUGGGGCGGUGCCCAGCUCAGCUGGUGGAGGCGGCCGCAUCGAUUCAGCUCGCAUUGCCUUCAAGAGUAAAGUCGUCAGCCGCGGUCACGCAGAGCUCUGGUGUGAGGCCGGCGGGAAAUUCUUCAUCAAAGACACCAAGAGCUCGUCGGGCACUUUCCUCAACCAUAUCAGACUCUCGGCCCCGAAUGUGGAGUCAAGACCUUUUGCUGUCAAGGACGGUGAUAUCCUACAGCUGGGCGUCGACUAUCAGGGUGGAACGGAGGAGAUCUAUCGCUGCGUCAAGAUCCGCGUUGAGCUCAACCGAGGAUGGCAACGGGAGGCCAACCAAUUCAACAUCAAUGCUCUUCGCCAGCUGCGUGCGCUACAAGGCUCCCCGCUGCCAACACCCGCAGCCGCCAUUUCUUCGCCAGCCAAGCCCUCAGACGCCGCAGGCGUUGUCGCAGCUGCAGCCGCCGCUGCGGGAAGCAGCCUCCCCACCAAUCGACAGCAAGUAAACGUGACAGACUGCUGUAUCUGUCUGUUCAGCGUAACAGUCUGCCAAGCCCUUUUCAUCGCCCCUUGCUCGCACGUCUUCCACUACAAGUGCAUCCGCCCCUUGCUCAACCUGCAUCAUCCUGGCUUCUCUUGCCCGUUAUGUAGGACGUUCGCAGACUUGGAGGCGGAUGUGGAGCAGGACGAGGAGUGGCAGGAUGCUUUGCUGAAGGAGGCGGAGGCGGCUGAGAUGAACAGAUUAGGCGCAAAGGGCGAGGGAGAGACGCCUGCGGUCGAUAGGCACACGGACGGACCGCCUGAGCUGCUGGUGUCUUCUUCGCAGGGACAUGGCAGUGGUGGUGGUGAUGGCUCAGCUGGCGCCUCUCGUACUAACUCUCCAUCAGCCGCCAAUCCAGACACGACAGCCGUCUCUGGUCUUCCCAACACGCCGUCCGUACCCAGCGGGCUGCGUCAGCAACUUCAGCUCGACAGGCCGGUCACGGCUGUGGGAGACGACGGUGCGCAAGAUCUUGCAGAUGCAAUGGAUCGUACCGCCGUCAUUCGAGGCGCUGGAGCACCGGCAGGAGCAGCGGACGAGUCGCAAGAAGUCAUGCGAGACCCCAUGGACGAAGACGAAAAUGUGGCGUCCUCGCUUCAUGGCAAUGCCACUAGGCUUGUUUCUACCUCGCCGCGCCACUCGACCAUUGAUGAGGAGAGCGUAGAGCCUCAACGCUCGCUUGACACCGACGUCGUGGACGUGGCCGCUGGGCAAGGUCGACGUGGGUCUCAGCCCAUCAACAUCCGCAGCAGUAGCGGUGCCACGGCCGCCUCUCCAAACGACUUAUCUGGCUUCUCACCUCUGGAAGAAGCCCGUACCCCCGUCAACCAACAUGUUCUCAGCGUACUGGCCGAAGCUCCGCCGCCGCGCUCGGUGGCUGCGAGGCGAUUUGCGGCUCAGAACGCCGACGCAGGUUCCACGGGAUCUGGUAGUGGAGGGAUGCCCAGCCUGGGAGCAAGUAGCAGCUCUCUACUGCACGUCCCACCGUCAUCAUCAGGUGGCGUAGGUUCCGCCACCCCACUUGACCACAUUGCUGACGAGCGAAGAGGGAGCGCCGUGUCCGAGGAUGUGGGGUUCCAGACCCCUGGCGAGGGAAACAGCGUCGAUCACUCUCACUCGGCAGCAGCAGGAAGCUUCUUCCCUGCUCAUCAACAACAGCAAUCGACAGCGUCUCCCCGCGGCCGUACAAGCGGCAGCGGUGGAAGCGGCGGUAGUGGCACAGGUAGCGGGAAUGGCUCCCUUGGCUCGCAUCAGGCCAGCCCAAGCACAGCAGGUGAUGCGGAGGUAGACCGAGAGGAUGAGAUCCUGUCUGAGCCCGAGGGUUCGAGCCGUCGAGCCGUCGGAGGCAAAGCGGAGAAGCAACGCAGGGAGAGGAGCACAGAUAGUCGGGCUUCUUCGAUUGGUGGGGCCGCCAGUAGUGGGAGGGGGAAGAUGAAGAUGUUCUUGAAGAAGGCGGCUGGGGCUUGAGCCGAGCCGAGCGCAGCCAGCGCUGAGACGCAUGCGUAUACCGAGCGAGGGGACCAGAAGGGGAAAGAGGUAUCUUCAUUCUACAUUAUUGCGCGCCUUCUUGCAAGGUAAGAUCAAAGCACCGGACAUAGCGCCAUGGACCGACAGCAUCUCCACCCAGUCCACUUGACUUGACCUUUUAUUCUUCCCACACUCUCUUUCUUCGUUCUUGUCCUUUCUUCUUCGCGCUCCUCAUGCCAAGCCCCCGCUUACCUUACAUAGUCCAAUCAAUUGCACCAGCCAUCGGUGAAAUGCAGAAGGA